CGAACCACUUAUGCCUCACAUGGAUUCCCCACAACCUUCCCAUUUACAUGACCCGGCAUCUACCCGGCAGACGGUUGCGACCAAGAUUGAGCAAGUUAUGCUUGUGGUCGCAGUGCAAGACCAUUGAGCAUGCACUGGUGCAACGCAGCGCACGCCUCCAGUCCCGAGAGGUGAAGGAAGCUGUAGACAAGACGCGCAUAGCUUUGCAAAGUAUUCUGGAUCAAUCUCAAACGUGGUUAGAUAACAGCCAGCUCCGACGAUCCUUGAACGCUCACACCAUCCAAUGUCAACUUGAGGAAUGGAAUGGGAAGUUGAAUGACUGCAUGCAGGAGUUUGGGCGAACGAUUGCAUUCGAGAUCCUCAACGUCCUGUUCGGUCUCGGAGCUGAAGCCUCGCGCUUCUAUGACCGAAUGCUGAACCAGGGCGAGGCAUUCACAGCGCUUCUCCAGGCAAUUGAACGCAACACCGAAUUGAUGAAAAAGAAAGAUUCUUUGCUCAUGGAUCGCACAGAAGAGAUGCCUAUUCAAUGCAAGCAGCCCACCUCACAGGAACGCAACAUGCUUCAUGCGUCACUUCAAUCUCAACCACAGUUGCCCAAAGUCCUUCCUAUUGUGGGACUCCAGGGUGAACUUGAAGUAGACGAGCAUCCGACCCAAACGAACACCAGUUCUGACCUAUAUCGGGGGCGGCUUGAAGGCCGGCCAGUUGCGGUCAAGCGCCUUCGCGAUGCGAACUCGAACCCAGCGCGAGUAGCUAAUUUCAUGAACGAGGCCUAUAUUUGGAGGGCGUUGAACCACACCAACGUGCUCCCCUUUCUCGGUAUCCAUUUGAGUCCCACGGAAGAAACCGGCAUUGUCACCGUUUGGAUACCUCAUGGGGAUGCGAUGCACUAUAUCAACAAGAAACCGGACUGCUAUCGGCGAGCGAUUGGUAUCAUUCAUGGCGACAUCCGUGGCAGCAAUAUUCUCAUCGACGAGGUUGUCGAUGUGACAGGUGUUUGGCCCCAAGCCCGACUGACCGAUUUUGGUCUUGCAACAAGCGCUGAUGGGAGCCCAGAAGUAGUCCACGACGCCACGCACGCAUCUGAAAUGCUCCACAUUUGCCGCUGGCUUGCUCCCGAGCGGUGCAAUUCCGGCCCCGAAGGUCUGGCCGCACCUGCAAGUGACGUGUUCAGCUUCAGCAGGACGAUACUCGAGAUCACCACGGGCUCGAAACCUUUCGCCAAGGAGGCGUCGGACUUCUAUCUCAUGAAGCGGCUGUGCACUAACGACUUGUGGCCCGAUCGCCCCAUUGGCGACAUCGCGAAGACGAUCAUCACCGAUGAGGUGUGGGAGUUGAUGAUGCAGAUGUGGGCAUCCGAGCCUUCCGUGCGGUCUAUGAUGAAUGAAGUACAGACGAACUUAGAGCGGCUGUUGUAG